GUGUUCUGUGGUACAGCUACACCAAUCCCUCCAUUCAUCCGUCCAUUUAAGCCACGAGUUCGUCCGUGCUUGCUUUCGGCAACGACCUCGUGCUUCGGCUCGUUUAUUUGCGCGAUGGAGACUGCGCUAGGAAACGACGCUCCUUCACGCGCCGUGAUAUCCACCGAAGCGAUUUCUCCUAACCCGGCCGUCGCUGGCGUUGCGAAGGUUAGCAGCGCCGAGCGUGCUCGCGAAUGGCGACGUCGCGUCUUCAACACCGCCGAGGCGCGAGCCAGGGAAGCCGAACGGAUGCGAGAGUGGAGACGGCGCGUGGGGAACACCGCCGAGAGGCGAGCCAGAGAAGCCGAACGCAAGCGUCAGUGGCGGAAGGCCAACAACACAGCCGAGGCGCGAGCCAAGCACGCCGAGCGCGCUCGGGAAUGGAGACGGCGCAACGGCAAAACCGACGAGGCGCGAGCCAAAGAAGCCGAGCGGAAGCGCCGACAGCGGGAGGCCAACGCCGGCAAAUCCUCCGCGUCGUCGUCGUCGCCGACGUCUCGAAAGUGCCGAGCUCCGCCUGCCGAUCCGGAGUCGUAUCGUCGCCGUAACGCCGAGCGCGUCCGCGCCUGGCGCGCGGCUAAAGCCGUCCGCGACGCCGCCAACAACGCUGGGGCCGACGCCAGACAAAGUCCCUUCCAGACAGCGCUGUUCCAGUUCCUUCAGCAGGUUGAGAGCGAGGCAAAGCGCGAGGAUCGCGACGCACUCGGAGCAGGAGCGUCUUCCGAAUCGUCCUUCCAGGUCGACGUUCCGCCCGUCACGCCACCCGUACGCAACGCUGCUGGUUCGAAUCCCAUCAGGGCUCCCCCUGGGGAGAUGGCUCAAUCCCGGCAGUGUAUCCGUCGUCCUCAAAGGCGCACGAUUGCUGUGCAGGCGUUUUCAAGGAAUGUGGGAUGGAAUGUUGGUGUACAGACUCGCACCUUCAGUGUCUCGGUGGGAAGUCAAACCAAGGACUGGUGCCCAGCCACGCACACAACCCAGAAAGCUCUUUCAUUGGAUGAAAGGCGCGACUGCAGUACCCAUGAACCGUGAACACGAUAUUUACGCGUACUCUCAAAGUUGAGAGCAUCGCCACCUUUGGAUGAUGUGAUUACCGGCUGUAAGUGAUGCCAAUGAAGACAUUGGUUUCAAGAUAUGCUUUCGUGAUGCCACAAGCGUUGGCCUAUUUUGCGGUACUUCCUGUGGAAAGGAGUACCGAGUCAUCCUCUGGCAGUGCGAUCAGUUCCAGGGAUCCAAUUGGUGGCAUGCCGCCAAACUACAUAUUGUAAUUCAGGACGAGGAGGAAAGAAGUGCCGACAGAGCACAGAUGCCAUCAGCAAUUCCCGUCACAGAAGAGGCAAAAUGAUCAGCCGUCUUUCUGUGUCUUUGGAACCAAGCCUCGGUUUAAUGAUGUACUUUCACCUUAUUCAGGUCAUCGUGCAGGUGAAAUACUUUAUCUGACCAGUCACCUGAAUCAUUCAUGUUAAAAAAAUGGUCACCUUCCUUGGCCAUCCAGCUGUCUCCUUUUUAUCAUUAAAACUGGAGUAAGCAAAGGUUAAUGUGCAAAUGUGGGCAAUAGCCAUUCGUGUUGUGUACUGUGAGAGGUGUCCAACACAUAAGACUGCAUACCGUCAUCACUUCUUUCAAUUCUCACUUCUCGUCGAUACCAUCUGUGGCGUGCUGCACUCCAGCUCACCAGGCCACCUGACUUGCAGUGAUGGAUUUAUGGUCCGAACCACAGGUCCCUCCUAGACAUCAUGGAGGAAACGCAGCUACACAGUUUUCUGUAAUAUGUAUUGGGGCCGAUGGGCAUACUUACGAGAAAAAAAAUAUUCUCACUUGAAGAGAGUCUAUGAAAGUUUUACUGAAUGGAGAAGCAAGAAGCACUUUCAGCUGCUCGUAGAGGGAAUAGCACAUUCGACCUCUCAGUCCUAAAAACAUGGUUGCUUGGGAAGGCCACUUUCUUCUUGUUAUGCAAUUUUUUGCCCACUAAACCACGUGUACUCCCGGACUUUGCGUCAUGCGCUCAACGUUACAUAAGAACCUGUUGCUCAGCCGUCAUCCCAUUGUGAACAAGGGACCCGUACGGAUCCCGAAACGUCUUUGUUUUUAUUUGACAUUGGUCAGUGACCUGUUUUUUCAACAAUGCCUUUACCUGACCAGACGGCAUUCCGUCGAACUCUUGACUACUGCAAUUUUUUGCCUUGUCUUUUGUUUGCCAAUUUCCGCUUCUCAUUCAUGUAACAUAUGUGUAUUUGGUGUGUGUUCACCACGUUGCUUUCUUUAGAUACAGCCAGUUUAUCUGCCUUGUGUUUCAUUAACAUAUAGCAAAACCUUGUAUAUUUAGUUGCAUUUCUUUGCACUCUUGUAAAACCUCUUUUGGACUAACAGUAUGAAGAAGCCGACAAAUUUUGUUUUGAGGUAACUCUGCUUUUAGACCUUUUCUGCUUUUUAGUAAGCCAGCCAUGGUGACAGCCAGAGAUGACAUACAUGUGCCAAUAAAGAUCUUACAAAACACGAA